UUAAGUGUUUCGGUAGAGUAAUAUAUUAGGGAAACUUUUAACUUCCCAAUUUUAGGGUAUAUAAACUACAGAUUGUUUUAGGGAAGCUUAUUUUCAGACAGCGUGAAGUAAAACCAUGGCAGGAGUUUGGGUGGCUAUCUUCAAGUACGUCUUGUUCUUUUGUGCAGCUAGUUGUCAGCAAAUUUAUGUCGACGACAAAAAUUACUGCGACCGUAAUGAUCAGACGAUUGAAAUAUUGAACGAAAAGAUUGAGUACUUACGACAGGAGAACGCGAAACAGAUAGAUUCCUUAAAACAAGAAAUCGCGCGGAUUAAGAAAAAUGAAACUAACAUCCACGAAGAUUUGAAGAGUAGUAUACUGGAAACCAUCAAGUCAGAGUUAUAUAAAGAUUGUAAGAAACUCUAUAUCCAUGGCAAUACAGAAUCUGGUGUUUAUGAGAUAUAUCCAUUUGGUAUUGAAAGCAAGGUCAGCGUCUUCUGUGACAUGAUGACAGAAGGUGGGGGGUGGACAGCUAUCCAGAGACGUGUCAAUGGGUCAGUCAGUUUCGAUAGAACCUGGACAGACUACAAGACGGGAUUCGGGAAUCCUAACGCAUCCUACUGGAUUGGAAAUGACGUUAUCCAUCAACUUACCAAGAGAGGGAACUCCUCCCUCUACGUAUCUAUCACACUGACUAAUGGGACAAAACUCUAUGAAUUAUACAACCAGUUCUCUGUUGCUGACGAAACCAGCAAAUACAGACUUUUUCUUGGCGGACCAGCUACCGGGACCCUAGGAGACUCUAUGUUUGACACUGGUAUUCCUGAUCAGUUUGAUCUGUCUGGGAUGUCCUUCAGUACCCCGGACAGAGAUAACGACGGGUAUAGUGGAUAUAAAUCUACUGAUCUAUUUUAAUCAAGUGUCCAUGUAUCUUUUUCUUUUGUAA